AGGAAAAAAUGUUAUUGUUUAGGUCCAAUGCAAGUAAGUAGUUCUACGUCUACUGUUACGUUGAAUACUGGUUCAAAAUCUUCAGUUAUGUUUGUACACAAGAGACCAUACACUUCUCGUAAACGGAAACUAAAGGAAGACUCGCCUGCCAGUGUUGUCAAGUGUCCCCGCAGUAAUCCAUCCUCCUCAUCCAACCCUACCCAGGAAGCCAUUGUACCAUCUGUACAGGAGACAACUGUACAAGAAACUACUGUUCAGCCUGCACAAGAAAUAAAUGUACAAAGGACAGAAGUACAUAUUAAUGAUGUUGUACAGCCAACUGAACCUGGUUCUAAUGUUCAUGCAUUAACCGAUGUACAGAAUUCAAUUUUAAAGACUUCCUCCGCGGCAACCUGUACUUCCCAGCAAACCAAUCCAGAUGUACAUGAUUCAACUGAACAAGCUCCAAUGCCUGACAGUGAACAUAAUCCUAGUGUAAGUGUACAGAACGGUGAUGUACAGGCACUGUCUAGUGUACAGGAAAGCAGUGGAGGAGAAUUAUCCAACUGUACUGAAGUGCAUGAUUAUAUUCUUCCUGACGUACAACUACAGUUAGAACAGGUUGAAGAGGUUAUUGAAGAUCUCCCUGAUCUCGCUCCUGUAGUGCAGGAGGAGGAGGAUGAACGUCUUCCUCAAAAAGAAGAAGAGCCUGCUGAUGAUGAACAAAAGUCUGAUUCAACUGGAGCUGAAUCAAGGAGUGGUCAUGCUGAGAUCAAACAACAGUUUGAGCAUGCGCAAGAUUCAAAUAAUGGUGCAGAACUUACUCAUGACUCAAGGCAUGCUCCAGAACACAGAGGAGAAGAUGCACAGCAUGCUGAAGAUGAAGGACAUGGAACGCAGCAUGUCAGGGAAAAUAGGCAUGACUCAGAGCAUGCCGAUGAGGUUAGGCAUUCCCCGUCCAUCGGGCAGCAGAGUUACACUCAAGAUAUUUUUGCCGACAGUCAAGUGAUUGAUGACGGUAGAAAACUGUUGGAGAAUAAUGAUGAACUUAAUAUGAUCAACGAGACUAUUAAUGAGGAUAACUGUGUUGUAGAGGUGAGAAGAGGAAAGUGUGUUAAAGAUGAGCAGAGGAUAUUAAGAAGAGGAGAAAAGAAGAAUAAGAAUAGUUACAGUAUUCCAGCACUUUGUCAGAUCUCAGUUAACAUUGGUUCACGUCCUGAUAUCUCCAGUAGUCCCGGGGUCCUGAGCUUGAACUCGGUUGGAACCCUCUCUCCAAGUUCUACUCCUACCCCGGAUAAAACCUGCCAAGAGAUGAGCAAGAACCCGGAAGAUCAUGUGAUCGAAGAACUGAAAACAAUUAGACCGGAAGAACUCUUACAACAGGUUGAGAUUGUAACAGGUCAGGAUGAUAAAUCCAACUCCAACCUCUCUCUCUCCUCGUCAAAUAUCUCCCCGUCACAGACCUACCUCACCAGCUUCCCUCUACUCUCCAAGCACUGUGAGCAGGAUGAUGGAAUCCAACAGGAGAUUUCUCAGGCCCUAAGAGACUUAGAUAGAGAACUCAAACUCCAGGAAUUAAACACAGCUACAGAUAUUAAGGAUCUAAAGGAUGAUUCUGGUUUAGAGAAUGGAGGAGAUCUUGAUCGUAAAUCUGGUUGGGCUGAAAGUAUGGAUAGAAAGGUUGGAUGGGUGGACAGUUUAGAGAAGAUGGAUAAGAUGUCUCCUUCUUGUUCUGGAUCAGGUCAACAGAGUGUUUAUGACUUCUCAUGCAAACCCAGCAGUCCUGUUGUUCCGUUAAAUAAAUCUAGGAAGGAUUUACGCUCCCCCCGCCAACCAAAAGAGGAGAAAUCCACCAAACUGGAAGAAAUCAUUAAUCUCAAACCAGAACCAAAACCCAAACCUGGAGAAAAGAAGUCUAGUCCCAGUACUCAGCCUAUAACACACAGUGGGUACACAAACCAACAUUUAGGUCAAAACUAUGAUAAACGACUCCUUCAGGAAGGAGGUAGGGGUUCUCAAAAUUCAACAAGUGGAACCCAAGAUGCCAGCAGAUUGAUCCAAGAUACCAGGGGCAAUCAAAGUCGACAAUACUCCCACCCUACAACUACCUAUCACCCUGGCACCCAACACUCCAUACCCCGCCACACUUAUAUGACUCCACACUACCAAUACCAUCAGGUGGGAGUCCCCGGGGCACCUGGAGUACCUAACCAGCAAACUAACUCCUAUCCACAUCACUCUAAUUCCUAUUCCCAUGUUCCUGUAACCGAAAUGAAGAAUGUUUCGUCCUUCCACCAGGAUCCUAAAUACUCCUGCUCAACCCACUCCUCUUCAUCCUCCUCCUCCUACCCUCCCUCCAACCUGCAGGACUUCAAUUCAAGGAAUUAUUACAAGGACUAUGCUGCUCCCAACCAGAACUAUAGAUACCAAACUGACCAACAGCAGUAUAUUGACAGAAAACAGCGUCAACCGCAGCAGCAGCAACAGCAGCAGCUUAUGGACCCAGUAAUGGAGAAGGUGGAGGCAGAUACCUCUGCUGCCUUCUCCGUUACACAGCUUGUCAAUACUACCCAAAGAAAGAAUGCUAAGAAACCUAGUUCUGCCACAAAGUCUCGGGGAAAGGCGGAGGAGAAGAAAGAGAAGGAGGAUAAGAAGGGAGGUAAAGGUGGAAGCAGAAGAAGCCGAAGUGGAAACAGAAGCAAUUACUCAACAGAGUCUUUGUUGACAGCACAGGUGCAGAUCCCACCAGAGAACAAAGAUGACAAGUAUAGAAACUCUCCGGUGAAGAACUCGAGCCCAAAGGUCAGCAACUACCUGGAGAAGAUGUCCACGAGUAGUGUAAGCUCAAGUCGAAGUAAUACAACCUGGAGUAAUGAAAUGAACCAGCAUUUUGGGUCUCUUCCAUUCUCCUCCCUCAGUCCUUCUCCUGGCCUCUUCUCCACUGAUAUUUCAUCCUUUGAACUUGGAAUAUUUAAUCCACAGGAAGGAUUGGCUGGUGGGCGUGAAUAUUUCUCUGCGCCGGCACAGAGUAAAAGCUCUAAACAACUGGCCUGUCAGCUGACCAACCAGCGGUCAGAUUGGGGACUAAACUCAGGGAAUAUUCUAGACACUAGUUUCCUGCCUCCUCUACCCACCCUAACCCCGCCCACUGACGAGUCUAUGGCCUAUUCUUUCAUGACGCACUCCCACUCCGGGUUCUAUCCAUGUUCCUCAGGGCCUAUGCACAGACCUCAGAACGUGUACACUUCUCAUACCGGGCAUAUACCAACAUCAGGUUGCACUGCCCCCGCCUCUAUGAUGAGUAAAGGUGUCCAACAACCGUUUCACCAGAUGCCUGGGCUCAAGAACUCUGCCACUGGGUCCCUUGUAAACUUCAACCUUAGCACCAUCUUCCCGGAGAUCAAUAUAUCGGCCCCGGGGGCUAAUUGCCAGAGUAAACCUUUAGUGGGACUUCCAUCUUUACCAGCUCCGGAAUUCCUCCAUGGAUCCAGAUCAACACAUCCUGGAGUUGGAUCUCUUCCUCAUUCAAUCUCAUUAAUAGGACAAACUUCUCAUCAGGCGAAUAGUUUUUCCGUGGGCCCUGGAAUAGGAGGAAAUAUGGUACCUGGACUACCCUUUCCAAAUCUACAAGACCAAUAGUUAAAAUUUAAUUUGUAUUAUACUUUAUUGAUACUUAAAUAUAAAUAUGUAAAAAAAUGA